AUGAAACUUAUAGUUUGCAAUGAACUUCAAAGUAUAGAUACAACAAAAGUUUUGAACUCAGAUGCUUUGAAGAGUCUUAUAACAGACAAAGUUGGAGUUGUUGAAAGAAAGUAUAAAGACCAAAGAGUUUGUGAAAAUGUUGCAAACUUCAUUAUGGUUUCAAACAAUGCUGUUCCGAUGAAGUUAGAAAGUUCUGACAGAAGAUAUGUAGUUGUCAGAACGUCAGAUUCUCAUAUGCAAGAUACAGAAUAUUUUGACGACUUAGCAGAAACUUUGACAUCUGACUUUUACAACCACUUGUUCUCAUAUUUCAUGACAUUAGAUAUUUCUAAGUUCAAUCCAAGACAAAUUCCACAUACCGAAGAGAGACAAACAUUGUUAGAAGCAAACAAGAGUGUAUAUGAACUGUUCAUAGAUGAAACUGACUUUGAGUGUUUAGAUGAAAAGUCUUUAUAUGAUGAAUAUAAACAAUAUUGUCAAGAAUAUGGUUAUAUGGCAGCUUCUAAACGAACAUUCUUGGCAAAUGUCAAAAGUCUUUUAGAUGUUCAGAAUGGUGUAUAUACAAAGAAAAAUUUUUCUGAGUAA